UUUUAAAAUGUCUGAUCUUGCUCAACGUUUGUUAGAAGCUGCUGAUGAAUGUAAGGAUGGUGGUGACGGUAGUGGUUUGUUUUUGGUGGCGUGUAAAGAGUGUUUUGAUAACGGGCAGCAGAGUGAGGUGUUGUCUCUUUUGAGUGACGAGAAACGACGAGAUCUCGUCAGGUGUGUCGGAUGGGAUCUAAUUGGCAUCGUUUCCGAUCAACUGAAUGACGAGUCGAACGAUUCUGAAAGAGACACUGUUCUAUGUAAUCUAAUGAUGUUGAUCGGUCGGCUGUCUAACGCGCGCGAGUUGUGUCUUUGCGUCUCAGAGCGCCUCACACAGACUCUACGUGCCAAAUGUAUUGCAAACCUUGUGGCAAUAUUAGAGUGUGCGUUAGUCAGACUGCAAGACGUAUGGCCCAAAAUGUUGAAAUCAGCUCGUCCCGUUAUCAUACAGCAACUUGAAUCGUUUUAUUCAUCAGCAGAGAGCGACCGCUAUGAAUCAGACGAAGAAGAUAAAUCGGAAAAUGAUAAAGCAAGGAAGGGGCGAGACGCAGGAGAGAUAGAGUAUGACAAGCUGUUGUUAGUGUUACAGUCUGUUGAGCAGUUGAGCUGCAGGUUAGUAACUGAGGCGUUUGAGUCUCACAGUGAUGAGAAACUUGAGGAAAAGAGGCGCGAGUUGGGAGUCCUUCUUGUGCAUUCGCUUGGAAUUCCCGUCGUUCAUUGCCAACUAAAGGUUGAAGGAGACAACAGCCGUCACUCGACAGCAAGUCUGAUAGGAAAGUUUGCUGUUAACGCGAUGGCUUUGCUGUUUGCCAUUCGAUUUCGUGCCAUUAAAAUCAUGGAAUUUAGCACACAGAAACGGACUAUUUAUCAUCGAAAGAGAAAUGUUGAUGAUGAUAUUGGCGAGUAUUAUAUCGAUGAGAAAAAUGAUUUUGAGCUGCCGCCUUUAGCUUGUGGCUGUUUUUCGUACCUCCUUCUGGUCGAAGGCAUCGAGUUCGAUUCCUUUCCUUCUGUGUAUCAUUCUGUGUAUCUUUUACGUAUUAAUUUGCCUCUAAUUAUUCAGUUACUUAUCCAGUCGACCAAACAUGCUGUCAAGAAGGGCAUUCUUCUUCUCAUGUGUCUUGUUGAGAGAGUAAAUGAUCACGAGUUAUCUCGUGAGCUGCUUAGUGAGACUAAAUUUCUACAAGUUGCAGAGCGGCUUAUCGAUGUGAUGAUCUAUAAUUUGUCUCGAGAGUUAAGAAAACAUGCUCUCAGUGUUCUUCCGCGGUACUUCGCUAUCUUUACUGUUGAUGCUCGUUAUAAGCUCUUGCUUGCUCUCUUAGCAGCCACAGACCACAGCGGUGUUGCUUCAUUGCUUAUUCAUGAAGCAAAGGAAGACGUUAUACGAUUUAUUGAUUGUGUGAUGAAAUCUGAUGAGCCACACGUGAGCAUCACAGACAUACAACGAUUGUUCGACUUUGUUUUCUCACUGAAAGCUGGAAAGAGUACAGACUUGUUACAGGAACUCGAUCGUGUUAUGGCGGCUCUCAAUUUACUUCGCUUUGUUCUCCUCAAAGACAAAAGGAGAAUGAAUGUAACUGGUGUGUGGUCUCAUAUCGAGAAGAUUGAACAAUUGUUUCUCACCCCCAUGAGAGAGCUACUGGCUAUGACAAAAACAGAUUGGCAACAUGAAAUCGAAAAGUCCAAACACCAUCCUAAGAAGCAAGAGAAAAGAGAGAAUCAACCACAAGUCAACAUACAAUUGUGUGGAGGUGAGGAGUUACCUUAUAUUAGCAGGAAACAGCAGACUCAUGUAGCUCAUUCGGCACUCGUUUCAUUGGAUAUGCUGGAGAGCGUACUUGCUCGUGUGUGUGAUAUCAUCGACACGAGUUGAUAACACAAUAUCAACCGGUUAGGUUGACAACAAUAUGACAAGCAGUUGAACUGUAAACGAUGAGUAUGGCAAUUGUUGUUAGCAUGUGUGCACUAGGCAAGUUUCAUGCACAUUCUAAGCAUGCGGACUUUCUAUGCAAAACAAAUUGGUUUACCUUUUAUACAGAAUAUGUGUGCUCAUCAUUAGCAAUUCAUACAGUUGAAUUUAUACAUACAAUUUGCUCUAACGCACGUUAAUUAGGAAACGUGACGAAGUGUAAUGUAACGCGCACUAAGUGAGUUGUUUAGCGC